AUAAUUCUUCAUUGUCAAACCAUUCCUUUCCAGGACGUCACGAAAUUUUUGUCAGCAAAUUCAAUGGCCUUCCAAAUUCCUCCGUUACAUCGCACUUACUCCAGUGAGGAACCGAUCAACGGAAUCAUUAACACUUUGGAUGCUCUAGAACACACGUUAAGCACUUUGGAAUUGGACGUUCGAAAUGAGUUAUCUACGCAACGUUUGCUACAGCAGUGUCAGCUCAAUUUGGCAUCCAGGUGUCAGGAUGAGCCGGCUCGGGAGCCUUCCAUAUCGGAAUACUUGCAGCGAAAGGACAGUGAUAGUCGCUCGAAAUCACAUGGUGAAUCUAUGUCUACGGGAAUAAAAAUGGGAACGGAAUGUAACUGUCGCUGUAACCAGGCGCUCCGAAUCUAUCUGGAACACUUGCGUCAAGCACAGCUGGAGCAGGAGGAAUUAUUGCGAAAACUUAAAAUGAAGGACGAACAUGUAAACCUUUAUCGUUCCAAAUUGAUGGAAUCGAAUGCGAUAGUCGAACGCCAAAAACAUGAGAUUGCGCUGUUUAAGGAAAAUGAAGAAAUGAUAACCCAGAAAAUCAAUUCAACUCUGGAAGAGGAAAAUCAAAAGCUGCUUGAUGAAAUCGAUCGGCUGAAGACACUUCCGGAUGAGCUGCUACAGCGAGAACGAUCCCUCAAGUACGCCAACAAGGAACUGCAGGAAACAAAGCUGACCCUCAAAUCGCUUCUACUGGAUAUUGAAUCGGGGCUGGAAGCAUGCGAAGACAUUUCCGGCGAGCUGCAACAAGAGCGAAAGCGAGCCUUCCGCACCCUGAACGAGAUUGACGACGAAAAACGCAAAGUGAUGAACUGGGUCAUGAAAUAUACCGAGCUCAAGGAGCAGUACGAUACCGCAGUCAAUCAGAAGGAUUCCGUGGACCAGCUGGGGGCCGCUCUGCGGGAAAAAACGUUCAAACUGGACCAGCUGACCAAACAGUACGAGGCCCUCAAGGAGGAAAGCGUCGGCUAUAUCGCAAAAGUGGAAAUUCAAAACGAGAAACAACGCGGCGAACUGCAGGAGCGAGUUCUAGAGUUGGAAGUCGAAAAUCUUCGCCUAAAGAUAGCCCUCGAAGAUCAGAGCAACAAAACGUCGGAUGCAUCCCAUAACAUGCAGAAGGAGCUGGCAAAUUUGGAACAGAAGUUCAUCGAAGCUCAGGCCGAAAUUCAAACUAUGAAACGAUUCAACGAGGCGGCGGCAGCCGCAGCCGAAUAUGGUUCGCGCCGCAAAACCGUACCGGAAGUGGGCGAAGAGUUCGAACCGUUGACUCCACCCUACUGUAGCGUUUGUGCCGUGGAAGACACCUCCAGGCGAUCGGGAGCCAGCGAUCAAACGACGGACGGAUCGGGAAGCGAUGGUAGCGGUUGCUCUGGUGAGACUGGUACUAGCAGAAGUAAAAGAGAUUCCGAAGAUUCCAAAAAGUCGGCGACGGAAUCAAGCUAAAAUAUCAGUAUGAUGGUUACGUUUCAACAAUACAAAUAACAGCAGAGAUUGCCUUCAUUCAUAGUACAUUAUCACUUUGUAAAGAAUGUUUGCACCAGCCAAAAGAAGCCACUUAUAAAACUAACAGUUUAAUGUCAA